CAUGUCGGCCAAGAUAAAGCACACGCGUAUUGUUGGUCUCUCACGGUGUUUUGACGCUCGUUCUAUCCCGCUAUCUUUGCUGUCGCAUUGACAGGAUGUUUUGGGUGUUUCUGGGAUUACUGGGCUCCGCCAUCGCGGCGCAGAGUUCCUAUGAUCUGGAAGCAAGGGCGGUUUCGUUCCCCGGGAAGCCGAGUAGCUUAGGACCGCUCUACUCGUCCAGCUCGGCUCAAGGAUUCCGUGAUAACAGUUACGAGGACAAUGCGGUGACACCCACACCCUCGCCGACGCCGAUCUAUAGAAAUCAGCAACCGUUAUAUCGCAAGCCGACAGCAACGCCGAUAGAUGUUCGCGAUUAUCCUCAAUCGUCGGCUAUCCGCAUCGGUUCUCCGUCGCGCGCUCCUCCUCGAGGCCAGUACGGACCCAAUGGACCUCCACAGGAGGAACUCGAGGAAGAGAAGGAAGAGCCUGAUCGUCUCAGCCUUCUUCUACCCCAGAGUAGAUUCGAUUGCGUUAACAAGCAAACCGGCUACUACGCCGACGAAGACCUCAACUGCGAGGUCUUCCAUUACUGCCAGGACAACGCCAAGCAUUCUUGGAUCUGCCCGGAGGGCUUCACCUUCCAUCAAGUACACUUAAUCUGCAUGCCACCCAGCGGCGACAUCAGUUGUAAGAAGAGUUCGCAAUACCAUUUCGUCAAUGAAUAUCUGUACAAGCCGCUGAAUCUUCAAGAGGCCGAGACCAAGCCCAAUGUUACACUGAGGUACAGCGAAAGGUAUUAUCCCGCUGAUAUUUAUUCGGAUGAGAGGGAAGUCGGUGACUAUCAAAUCACUCCUACGGCCGCUCCGACACGUCGUCCCGCCCCGCAGGUCCUUGUGAGCCCGCAGCCUCAAAGUUUGAACAGCAUUCCCGCAUCGGUUCGUCCCACAGGACUCCCACAGUACCGUCUCCCGGUGAACCAAGUAUUCCACAGCCCCGAAGAAGUCAACAUUCCUCUUCAACAUAGACGACCACAACAGCAGCAGCAGCAGCAUCAAGUUCUCAGACGAUACCCUCAGAUUCAACCCGAGGAAGAGGAUUACGAAUAGAUUCUUAACAUUUUUUAGCUCUCUACACGCGGUAGAAUUCAUUUCAUUCAUUCGAAUUUUUACAUUUUUCCCAUUAAUCAUUAAAAAUAUUCGAUACACGUUUCUCAAAUCGUCUAAUAUUUUUCUAAAUUUCUUUUUUUGUGCAAAAUCCUCUAAAAAUUGCGAAAUUUAAAAUACUCUAGAAUUUCUAUAUUAAUUUAUAUUAGCGGCUUUUAUAU